CGCAAAAUGAGUUCCGGAGGUGGUGGUGGCGGUGGUGGAGGCGGAGGCGGUGGCAGCGGAUCUGGCCCAAUGGGUCGAAUCGUCGAUAAAAUCAAGCGUACGAUGACCAACGAAGGAGGAGAUGAGAUCCGUGAUCCACUUCAAUACGGAUAUCAGCGUGUUAACACAGCGGAAGGAUCACUCUCCACCUCGACGACAGCAACCAGCCUGGACACGAUCGUGCUCGACACAAACGCGGAAGAUCUGGCCAGUGUGCCACCGCGCGGUCUCACACAGCACCAGCCACCGAGAACAUUCAGCCCGAUCCUCGAGACGGACGAUACGAAUCCGUUUCUCGAGGCGGGCGAAAAAACCAAAUCUAAAUCAUCGCUCAAGAGUUCGCGCGUUUCGUUCGACCAGGAAGAGGACCGGUUCGAUGAGGAUGAAAACAGCUUCCGCAAGCAGCGGGAACACUUUCAGAAGCACAAAAGUCACAGCACAUCCGAGCACAAGACACAGCUAAUCAAGGAACUCCGGCAUCUGUUAGCGACCGACAACAGACGACAGUUCCAGGGCAAGAAGCAUGUGUCGCUCGAUGUGAAGAGCGCCAAGGUGCUGGAGCAGCUUCUUAAAGCUUCCUCAUCGUCGGACGAUUUCGAGGGUCAAAGGAAAGAGUUCCAGGAGCGCAAACACAAGAGUCUCGAUGCGCGGCACAUUUCCUUCAAGUUUGACAAGGAACCGUCGCCGUCCAGCAGCGACGAAGACUUUGAACCCUCCACCAGUCUGCUGCGGAUUGAUGCAGACAUUACCAAGCCCGUCAUCAUUGACCUGAAGGAUCUGGAUUCGAGCGACGAGGAAGAUUACAUCAGCUCACGCAAACAUUUCCAACAGUCCAAGUCAAUGAGCACGGAUUCGCGGAAAAGCAUCCGCUUUCUGGAGAUGGAAAUGGGAACGAAGGAGGAAAACAUGCGCACCGCUGUACCGUUCGUGCGACAGAUUACAGAGGAGGGCAAGCCGAAGCUGGAAGUGUACCGGCCAACUACAAACCCUAUCUACAUCUGGACACAGGUACUUGCCGCCCUGUCGGUGUCGCUCGGAUCCAUGGUGGUUGGAUUUUCGUCGGCAUACACCUCACCCGCACUGGUAUCGAUGAAGGAUCGCAACAUUACAUCAUUCGAAGUAACGGACCAAUCGGGCUCGUGGGUCGGUGGUAUUAUGCCUCUUGCCGGUCUGGCUGGUGGCAUUCUUGGUGGUCCGAUGAUUGAGUAUCUGGGGCGCAAGAACACCAUCCUGGCGACGGCAACACCCUUCAUCAUAUCCUGGCUACUGAUCGGUUGUGCUACGCACGUGGCAAUGGUCCUCGUCGGUCGUGCUCUAUCCGGUCUGUGCGUCGGUAUUGCUUCACUAUCACUCCCGGUCUAUCUCGGCGAAACGGUACAACCUGAGGUACGUGGUACGCUCGGUCUGCUGCCAACGGCUUUCGGUAAUAUUGGCAUUCUGCUGUGUUUCGUCGCUGGCAAGUAUCUGGACUGGUCCGGACUAGCGUUCCUCGGUGCCACGCUUCCGGUGCCAUUCCUGAUCCUGAUGUUCCUUAUUCCCGAGACGCCCCGUUGGUAUGUUUCGCGCAAUCGGGAAGAGCGUGCUCGCAAAGCCCUGCAGUGGUUGCGCGGCCGGAAGGCGGAUGUUGAGCCCGAGCUGAAGGGUAUCUCCAAGUCACACCAGGAAGCGGAACGACACGCCUCCAAGAGUGCCAUGCUGGAUCUGCUGAAGAAGUCCAACCUGAAGCCGCUGCUGAUCUCGCUCGGGCUAAUGUUUUUCCAGCAGCUGUCCGGUAUUAACGCGGUCAUCUUCUACACGGUGCAGAUCUUCCAGAGUGCUGGAUCGACGAUCGACGAGAAGCUCUGUACGAUCAUUGUCGGUGUGGUGAACUUUAUUGCGACGUUCAUCGCGACGGUACUGAUCGAUCGGUUGGGCCGCAAGAUACUGCUGUACAUCUCGGACGUGGCAAUGAUCAUUACGCUCAUGACGCUGGGUACGUUCUUCUACAUGAAGAACAAUGGGGAGGAUGUGUCGCAAAUCGGUUGGUUACCGUUGGCGGCGUUCGUUGUGUUCGUUGUCGGUUUCUCACUCGGAUUCGGUCCCAUUCCUUGGCUGAUGAUGGGUGAAAUUUUGCCGGGCAAGAUUCGUGGUUCGGCUGCCUCCGUAGCGACGGCAUUCAACUGGAGCUGUACGUUUGUGGUGACAAAAACGUUUGCUGACAUUACGGCUUCCAUCGGUAAUCAUGGUGCGUUCUGGAUGUUCGGUUCGAUCUGUGUCAUCGGUCUGAUGUUUGUGAUCUUGUACGUCCCGGAAACGCAGGGCAAAUCGCUCGAGGACAUUGAGCGCAAGAUGAUGGGCCGCGUGCGGCGUAUGAGCUCCGUCGCCAACAUUAAGCCACUGUCCUUCAACAUGUAA